UCUCCACGGACCCUAAAAACCGCGGCACGCCGGAAGUUGGUUCCAUGCUUCGCCUCGUCUGGUGUCCGAGGCGCCACAACAACGGAGUUUUCUGCGAAAUCGUUACUUAAAUCGUUCUUACGACGCGCUAGACAAUAACAAUGUCUGACAACGAAGACAAUUUCGAUGACGGAGAUUUCGAUGAUGUUGAGGAUGAAGAGCCUCUGGAUGACCUGGAGAACGUGGAAGAUGAGGACCAGGAGAACGUCCAGAUCCUGCCGGCGGGUGAAGGACAGCAGGCCAAUCAGAAGAGAAUCACUACUCCUUACAUGACUAAGUACGAGCGUGCGCGGGUGCUGGGAACACGAGCGCUGCAGAUCGCGAUGUGUGCGCCGGUGAUGGUGGAGCUGGAAGGAGAGACGGAUCCGCUGCAGAUCGCCAUGAAAGAGCUCAAGAGCAGGAAGAUCCCCAUCAUCAUCCGCCGGUAUCUGCCUGAUGGGAGUUAUGAGGACUGGGGCUGUGACGAGCUCAUAAUUACUGACUGAGACACACACUCACACACACACACACACACACACACACUCACACUCACACACACACACUCACACUCACACACACACACACAGAUCUCUAGAGCUUUGUUUCAUCCAGUAGUUCAUGUGUUUGUCCGCAGGAGGGCAGCAGAAACACAGCACAAACUUCUUCACUCAGUUUCAUUAUUUAAUGUUCAUUUCUUUGUUUUAUCCAUGCGAUAUUAAAACUGUUUUUUGUAGAAAGGUAUAUGCUGUGCUCUUUUCUCCUUAUUGUUGUGAAACGAUGUGAAGGAUAAAUCUGUUGAUUACAACAAAAUAAGAUGUUCGUUACAAUCAUUUAUAAAAACGGAGUUAAAAUGUCAAA